CUUUCGCACGUGCUCAUCUUAUUUGUGUCUCCAAGAUCCACCGAGCCCAUCGCCCCAUUCGAUCUGUCUCGGCUCGGGAACGAAGGUGGGAACGAAGGUUGGUUCGAUGAUCGCGAAGACGGAGGAGGUAUGUGCGCUGCUUCUUCUAGGGUUGCCUCGUGGUUUGAGGGUGGGAGCUGACGGAACCAAUCAUAGGUACGGGGAGGGUGAUCGUGUGCCCCUCCCUGUAUGCCAACAAGAUGAUACGAAGUGGAAAACUCAGAGCUCAAAGUGCCAAAUCAAUGAAGUUCAAGGAUGGUUACAUGAUUUCUUCUAGUCAGCCUAUCCAUGAAUACAGAGGUUUUGCUGUGAGGCAUCUUCUCCUCAGACAGAAAAAACAUGUCUCAGAAGAGGAAAAGAGAAAAAAAUAAAACAAGUCUUGGUCUUCUGCUCCCCAUUUCGCCGCCCGCCGCUGCCACCGCGAUCGCGCCCGUGCCAAGAUCCGCAAGACCACCUCAAGGCGAAGAGGCUUGAAGAAUUGGCAACCGAGAUCAAGAAGCACAAGGAUGGAUCGAAGGAGAUGCAGAUUACGGACGAGGACACAAAGGGUAAAAAGGUGUUGGAUUCGAUUGUUGAAAUUAGGGCUGAAGGAAGCAGCGUUCCACCUCGUGGUGAUAUGGAAUCAGGGGUUUCUUCCCAGGAAAACCUAGAUGUGCUCUGAGCAAUGUCAUAUCCAUUGGCCGCAUCCCUUGCUGCGGAGGAAGAGAUGGAGAUCAAUAAGAAUGUACUUACAUCCGAGGGUGGUCUGGAUGAAGCGGAGGACGACAAUGAAGAAAUGAUUUUUGUUGGUUUUAUUGGGAAUCUGGUUCAUUCAUCCCCUAACAUAAAGAAAGAAGUUCUUCAUGCGGGAGAUUUACAGCCAGUGAUUGAUUUAUUAAGGACUCACACAACCAAGCUGGUAUUGUCUACAAUGGCGGUUUGGUGCCUCUUCUUAAACUUCCUGACUCGAAAAAUAGAUGUUUACAACAUAAUGCUGCAUUUGCUCUUUAUGGUAUUGCAGAGAAUGAGGUGAAUCUGCAUCAAAAUAUUCCUUUGUUGUAAUUCCAUAUUAUGUUUCUUUGCAUAAUGCUGUAAUGUGACAUUGAGAACUAUUGAUUGGACACAGGCUUCUUAUUCUUGUCAUUGUUGUUAGGAAAAUGUCUCUGAUUUUAUCAAGGUAGGGGGUGUUCAGAAACUACAAGAUGGUGAAUUUAUUAUCCAGGUGUACCUAGGCGAGCAGUAUGUGAAUAGCUCCACGCUAUUAGAUGUUACCUUUCUAGUUGAAGGUUGUAGACUAUUCUUACCAUAUGUAGUAACUUAUAUAUACUAAAUUCCUCAUUUAAGGGGAAGCUAUUAGUUAUGUGCAAAAUAUCUAAAUGUUCAUUAUCUGUUCUUUUCCUGGCAAGUGCUUUUGUGCACACAGAAUUGCUCUGCUUGCUUCUUCAGAUGCAUUUCGUGCAAUGUUUGAUGGUGGCGACUGGGUAAGGGAACUCAGGUGUCAACCAUGCUUGUUUUUCUUCAGAAAUAACCCCUAAUUAUGAUCAGAUGUAUGGAAAUAUUGUUGUUAAAAAACGGCUAGUUUCUGAUAUAAAGAAGCUAUAGCACGUAUCAUAAAUAAAGCAUUUAUAUGCGAUACAAAGAGGCAUAUCUAUCUGUUUUGUUGUGCUUUGGUUACUGAAUAUAACAAAAUGGUGAACAUUUUUUACAAUUAAAUAAAUUAAAUACUAAGUUGCCACCUCAAAAGUUUGUUGCUUUGUAAAUGCUAAUGUAAAUCCCCCAUGGUCCUAUCUGUACAAAAAUAAUCAUGCAGAAGGUGAGGAUCAUAUCUUUGAUCAAUAAGAUGGUUUUAGUACUUGCUUGAUGCAUAUCAGAAAUGCUGAUUUGUGAGAGAAGUCAAAAAGCUGAUCCCUUCAUGUCACCAGGGUGCAAAUAUUUUGGAGUUCGAUGCAUCCCACCACUCAUAACAUGCCCUUCUGUCAGUGUUAUCAAGAAUCUAACUUUUUGUCAGAAUAUCAUGUGCUGGAAAUGUGCCAGCUUGAUAAGGCAUGUUAAGCAAGAUAUAUGGUGGGUUUCAUGCUUGCUGAUGAACAAAAAUUAUGUGAAAAAGGCAUCUCACGGAUGCCAUGCUGAUUUCAUAGUAUCAUACUGGCCUAAUACGACAUGAAAGAAACAAUCAUAAGCUUUUCAAAACUUAUAAUAGUAUCAUGGUAUGAACUUAAGUUUUUUGAAAAGUUUUCUUUCUGGAAAUGCUUGGUAAUUUAUUAUUUUCUAGUCUAGUAAGAUCUGAUUGAAAAUAUCUUACUCUUUCAACUUUGUUAUAGGAGAAGGACCCAAGAGACGUUGAGAUUCCUAACAUAAGAUGGGAGAUUCAUAUACACAGGAUCGGUUGAGAUCACUACUGAUAUCGCGCAAGAUCUUCUAUGAGCUGCAUAUCAGUAUCUUCUUGAAGGUCUUAAACGCCUAUGUGAAUAUGCCAUUGCACAAGCAUUCUCUUAUAAUCCAGCAAAUAACUCCAGAGAUCCGCAACUACUUUGGUAAAGCUUUGAGGCCGAAUAUGAGAAAAUCCCUUACCUAACUGUUCCUUUUUUACAGCAUCUUCUCUAACUCAUGCUGCUGCUGCUGGAGGCUUGUACAGUUGGAGCAUUUCUGCACCAAACAUCUAUUUCCGAAGGGGGGCAUGUCGGGGGUAAGCACUAGCCUUCUGGAACCAAUGGUUCUUUUCUCUCUGAUGCUGUUUGGUACACCUCUAAUUUUGCACUUGAAAUAUCCAAUCAUCGAUAUAAAAAAAAUUUGAUCUUUUGAUUUAAAAAAAUCCUGCAGUUAAUUACCUAUGGCAUGCAUGAUUAAUUACCUAUGUCAAGGCCAAACUGGACUCCCCUUUCGUUUUCUUUUUACUGCAAAUGAACUUUAGAAUCUAAUCUGUUUUAAGGUAACAUUGUAUUAACCAUAAAUUAACAUGUCAUUUGUAUAGAGCCACUACAUGUAUUUCCAGUCUACUCGAGCUGGUGGUAAUCUAAUUCAUGGUGUUCUGAAUCGAGUUUUCUCUUCGAAUGUCUCCUAUUAACACUGUGAUAACACUACUGUGAUAACACUUAUUUGUUGGCAAACUUACCACAGAUCGCAAUUAUAUGAUCAUUUCCUUUAUAUAUCUUUCAGGUAAGACACUAAAGCAAGAGAAUAUCUACAUGAUUAUUUCCUAGAAUUGCUACAUAUAUAUGACCCAUAAAACAAGUGUUGCAUGCAUACGAUUCAUAAAGAAAGUGUUAGAUUACUCUCAUACAUAUAAAGGUUUGUGUUAUUAGAAAUGCGAAUGUUAAUUCAUAAGUAAUUAUGUCGAUCACUGACAAAAGCUAAAUAUGUAUUUGGAAAACACUUUAAUCCUUCAAGUGAAAUAAUUAGUUUGGGGAGAGGUAGAGUGAGAUGGAAGAUUUCUUUACCAAAAUCUAUUGAAAGUUUAAUAAGUGUUAAUUAAUCAAGGAUAUGGCUUUGCACAGAGUCUAAUAACAAUUAAAGAUUUAUUAUUAUAUGAUAUGGAAUAUAAUAAUCAAGGAGGGGCGAGAGGCGAGAGGGGAGAGAAGUCAAGAGUGAGAGUCGGAGAGGAGAGAGAGAUAUAUAUAGUGGGACCGUGGUCGGACAGAGUGAUUCUUUAAUCGAAUCCAAUUGGUUAAUCUUAAUUUGGAUUCCGAAGCCCCCAAAUUAAUUAGGUUAAUAAGAUUUUAGAGUCGUAUUAUAUAUUUAAUUGGAAAUUAACUUUCGCACGUGCUUAUCUUCUUUGUGUCUCCAACAUCCACCGAGCCCAUCGCCCCAUUCGAUCUGUCUCGGCUCGGGAACGAAGGUUGGUUCGAUGAUCACGAAGACGGAGGAGGUAUGUGCGCUGCUUCUUCUAGGGUUGCCUCGUGGUUUGAGGGUGGGAGCUGACGGAACCAAUCAUAGGUACGGGGAGGGUGAUCGUGUGCCCCUCCCCGUAUGCCAACAAGAAACAGAAGGACGGGGUGAUUCAGAAGUUUUUUCGGGAACAGAGUAUUAUUAGAACAAAACUUUAAGCAUCCUUCCAAAAAGCCACUACUCUUGGGUGGUGGAGCAGCAUAUUGAGGUGGUGCUAUUGCAGGAAGCCCAUGGUGAUACGAAGUGGAAAACUCAGAGCUCAAAGUGCCAAAUCAAUGAAGUUCAAGGAUGGUUACAUGAUUUCUUCUAGUCAGCCUAUCCAUGAAUACAGAGGUUUUGCUGUGAGGCAUCUUCUCCUCAGACAGGAGAAGGACGCAAGAGACGUUGAGAUUCCUAACAUAAGAUGGGAGGUCUUUGAAUUGAUGAUGCGAUUCAUAUACAUAGGAUCGGUUGAGAUCACUAAUGAUAUCGCGUAAGAUCUUCUACAAGCUGCGGAUGAGUAUCUUCUUGAGGGUCUUAAACGGCUAUGUGAAUAUGCCAUUGCACAAGAAGUUUGCAUAGACAAUGUCUCCAGCAUGUACGAAUUGUCGGAGGCAUUCCCUGCCAUGUCCCUGAGGCACACUUGUGUCAUGUUAUUUUAGAGCAAUUCGAGAAAAUCAACUCGUCUAGGGUGCUCUCUCAUCAAAUCUAUCUCUCUUUUUUACUUCACUCUCUUGAACUCCCGAGUAUAUUUAGUGUUGAUUGCCUCGUGUUCUCAUUUGCUGAUUCUGCCUUGAUGAACUUCCGCAGGCAUUUCCAUCUAAUCCAGCGAAUAACUCCAGAGAUCCACAACUAAUUUGGUAAAGCUUUGAGGCCGAAUCUGAGAAAAUCUCUUAACUAACUGUUCCUUUUUUACAGCAUCUUCUCUAACUCUUGCUGCUGCUGUUGGAGGCUUGUACAGUUGGAGCCUUUCUGCACCAAAUAUCUAUUUCCGAAGGGGGUUCUUUAGGCCCAUAUCUUAGUUUGUUCCAAUCUUCUCAGGAGCAUUAUUUGUUCUUAUCAUUUAUUUUGAUACCCGACAUGGUUACUCCUAAUUUUUACUAUUUUGUAGACUUGAUAUUAGUUAUUUGAAUUCGUUUGUAACUUCCAAAGCUGGAAUAAUAGAUUCAGAUUGGAUGUUUAAAUUCAUUCGAAAUUUUAAUAUUUAAUUUAGAUGCAAUUCGAUCAUUUUUCCAAGUCCUAAGUUGAAUUGUUUGUUCUUCUAUUUAUUAAUCUAAUGAAUUUAACGUAAUGCAGGCGUUCUUCUCACUAUUGAAAUCCGUCCAUAUCAUAUCAACAAGAGUUUUUGGAGAGAAUGUAUUUCCUUCCAUGAUGUGUGUGUUUAAUAUUUUGUUGACAAUCCAGAAUUUUUUUUUGGCCAUUGUCAAAUGCUUCAAACUUGGAAUUCUUUAUCGAUUCAGUGAUAAUUGAAGUGAUGGUUCUGAUUAAAGGUUUUGUAUA